GACAUUUUUUGUUCGUACGGAAAACAGGGGGAAAAAUACCAUUCGCUUUAUUUAUAGAACGCAAUAAAAAGCUUCGCCUGAGGGUAGUGUGUACCAUUUCCGCUCACAAUCGCUGCAAACUCGUGUUCUGCAGCAACGCGAACGCAAGAUCCGUAGACAGUAAAAAGGGGGAUGUACGGUGAAUAGGUUAAAUAUAGCUAAUGCGGCUGCAUUCCUCCGGCAAAUUAGAACACAUCGAGCAGUGUGUGUGUAUGUUUCAGCCGGGAACGCCCGUGUGUCUAGUGCUACCUGUCGGCUGGAUAAUUUGCCAAUAAAAUGAUAAAACCCUUCGAAGAUCCACCGCAGAUCGGGGAGUGGUGCCGGGAGAAGCGGCUCGGCAAUGGCGGGUUCGGUGUGGUCACACUCUGGAGGAACAAACAGACGCAGCAGGCCGUGGCGAUAAAGAAGUUUCACAUUCUGCAGGACAGGAGCGAAAUAACCGAUAAGCACUGCGAGCGCUGGCGCAACGAGGUAAAGCUGAUGACGGAAACGGUCCAGAACGAUCACAUCGUGCGCACGGUGGACGUGCAGCCGCGGGCGUUCAUCGAGGAGCUGCUGCGCAGCUCCGCUAAUGGGCUUCCGGUGCUGUGCAUGGAGUACUGUGAGGGUGGUGAUCUGCGGCGCGUACUUAAUCGGGUGGAAAACUGUUCCGGCUUGCGGGAGCAGGACGUGCGGGACGUGUUGCGCUCGCUGCGUAGUGCCAUUGCGUACCUGCACAGUCUAAAAAUAACGCACCGGGAUAUAAAGCCGGAAAAUUUGGUGCUGAAGCAGCACGGGGAUCGGUUUAUCUAUAAGCUAACAGAUCUCGGUUACGCCAAAGCGCUGGAUAAGCAGAGUCUCAACGCAAGCCUGGUCGGCACGGUGGAGUACAUUGCGCCGGAUCUGAUCUACUGUGAUCGGUACAACUGCUCGGUCGACUACUGGUCGAUGGGCGUGAUCGGGUUCGAGAUUGUGACGGGCGUGCGGCCCUUCAUACCGCACGCACCGAUCACGCGCUGGAUGAUGCACGUGCAGCAGAAGAAAUCGGCCGACAUUGCGAUCACGGAGGACAAUCGGGAAAACUACACCUACCACACGGAGAUAUUUGCGGAAAACCAUAUUUCCACCUGCUUGCGCAAGCAGCUGGAACGUUGGCUGAUGUUGGCGCUGGAGUGGAACCCGAAGCAGCGCGGCUACGUCCCGUACAGUGCAACUGUGGCGGAAGGCACACCGCCAAAGAGUGUAACGUUUGCCGAGGACAGCAGACCGGGUGGUUCGACGGUGCUGAAGAUAUUCUCCCUGCUUGAUCAAAUACUGGAGAAGCGUAUUUUGGUGCUGUUCAGCUUGCACGAUUGCCGUUGGAUCGAUCUGGAGGUGACGCCGGACACAAGCAUGGCAGCGGUACGCGAGCACGUGUAUCAGCUCACGGGCAUACCGGUGGACGAGAUCGAGUUUAUACUCCCGUUGGAACAGAAGCAACCGCGCGUCGGUUCCGAUACCCGCCCGUACGAUCUGUACCUGGCCGACCUGUCCUCGGGCAAACCGAUGGUGUACGUGGCGCACCGGGCCAGCCGGGAAAGCAUCGUCCAGCGGGAUCUGAAACCGCGCAUACCGAAAAGUAUUACGGAUGUGUUUCAGAACAUCAAAGUCAAGCUGAAACCGCACAUGCUGCGGCAGUUCAUUGCCAACGCGUACUACUUUAUCGCGAACGAGCAGCGGCUGUACGUGCUGCUGCUGGACGGUGUGCGGAACUAUGGGCUGACGCUGAAUGAUGCCAUCGCCCGGCGGAAGGAGGAGAUUGGCCGCAUGAACAAAGUGGUGUACGGCAUUGUGGGGGGUGUGGAGUACCACAAGCUUACCGUUUCCCAUACCCGGGACGCACUCAAUGCUGGGAAGCGCAUACCGUCCGCCUCGUUCGAAACCGCCUCCCACCAGUGGGCGGAAAAGUGCUCCCGCGUGGAGACGAACGUGCGCAAGCUGGCGGAAAUGGCGGACAAGAUCAGCAAGCGGUACGAGUCGGUGCUGAAGCGCAGCCGGGACGCGUUGCGCCACGCGCUGCUGCAGGAGUACGAGCAGCAGGACUACUUCGGGCUAAAAACCGUCGAGGGCCGGUACGAGCAGACGCGGGCACGGAUAUUGGAGAAAAUUACCAACGAAAAAUCGCACAUGGACAUGUCGCAGGCGGUGUACGAGUGUCUCAAGCGGCGCGAUGUGCUGUUGCGCGAUGCCGGCUUUCUCGAGCUGCAACGACAACUGCUCGAUGUGCGGCAUGAGAUGCAGGAGAUUGAGAAGGUGCUGGAAAAGGUGGUCGAGCUGACGGAGAAGUACAAGCGCGAACUGGCCCGCCUGACGCUGGAGCAUCAGGACGAGGUGUGGAAGAUGUUGUCGAGCGUUGAUGCGAACGGUCAGGCCGUGACCACUAACGGAACACUGUCGAACGGCGGCGGGGGCACACCACACGGCCCCUGCAUUGCCGAUAUUGACGAUAUGGUGCCCGUGUUUGCGUCCGCCAAGACUCGUAGCAUCGCUGGCAGUAGCAUCGCCAGCAGCAAUGGCACGCCAAAGUUUCUGCUCGGUGGUCCAAUGACGCCACUCCCGUCUACCGUUACGAACGGAAGUAUUGAGGGCCACCAUCGUGAGGAGGAAGGUCCGAACGUGGAUGAGCUAAUAGCCGCCAACGAAACGUUAAUUAUGACGACAAACGAUCUGUUAUCGGACAGCCUUUUAAUUUUGAAGUGAGCAUGCGACCCAAAAAAAAGCGGAACUAAAGAAGAUUAUUAUUGUUAUAAGGUGUUGAAUUUGGAAAGUUUUUAAGAGAAAAUUGUGAAUUCUUUCCUCCCUAUUCCCGUUCGGGAUGUGUGCCUGAGGGAGGAAGCGACAAAAUUGGUGCUAGAAACAUGUGGCCAUAUGCUGCCGGCCAUAGGAAGCUCAGAGCUGUUGUUACGGAUUGUUACCAGGAAAUAAUUUUGUUUACAGACUAUUUAAUGGAUCAUCAUAUCGCACAAAAUAAAUGUAUUCUCAUUAUUAUUUGA